AUGUUAAAUGCUUCAUUAGUUGAUAGGCUUACAAAAGACAAUGAAAAAUUGAAACAAGAUUAUACCAUUAUACAACAAACAUUAACAUUAUUAAAAGAUGAAAACAAGACAUUAACCGAUUCUGUAAAUAAACUCAAAGAAAAAGUAGACUAUUUACAAACAGCUUUAAACGAAUCCCAUCAAGAACUUAAUACUUAUAGUGAACGACAAACAACGAUACUAAGUGAACUCAAUAAUUUAAAGGAAACCAUAAUGGAUAAUAAUAGUCUACUAUCAAGGCAAAACAAUGACGAAAAUAAUGUUACAACAUCUAAUUUAUUAUCAGUAGUAGCAGCCCGUAGUAUUCCAGCUCCUUCUAAAGUCAUGGUAGAUGAUCAGAAAAAGAAAGAUAAUCGACUAGUUGAACUAAGACGAAUGACAAGAGAAUAUAUGAAAGUGAGUGAUGAAGAAGCAGGCCUUCGAUUGUAUAAACUUCAAAAGACAAUGAUUCAUGUUGUGUCUGAUUUAAAAAAAUAUAUGAAAGAAAGAAAUGAAGAUAUUAGUAAAUCAUGGAAGUCAAUUGAUAUUAAUACACAGCGAGUAGCAUUUGAAAUGGUUGAACGUGAAGCGUCCAGUUUAGGUGUGCCCUUACAUAUGUGUAUUGGUUAUUGGGGUGCUCGAAGACUAAUUAGUAAAUCAUGGGCAAAUGCUUUAAGGACGACGAAGAAACACAUAAAAUUAGAAGAUUCUGAAGAAUCAAGUAAUAAGUCAGUAACAGCAAAAGAGUUACAUCCUUCUAACGAAAGACAAGUUAAAAGACUCAAGUUAAAUUAA